AUGUUUAUAGAUUUAAAAUUUUACCCAUGUCCAAUUAUGUCAAAACCUUUCUAUGAUUUUGUGGUUCGAUUCGCUGAACCUAUAUCUGUUAGCGAGUUAUUUGGUCAAACAGUGGUUAUUGAUGGGACAUCAUGGGUUUUUGAAAUUAAAGGCACAACUAGUUUAGAUCGCCGUUCUGUUGGCUAUAGAUUCGUGCAACGUAUCUGCAAACUGGUUGAAAAUAAUAUCAAUCCUAUUGUUUUUUUUGAAGAGAUGGAUGUAAUUAAAAAAAAGAAAAAUAGAAAUUCUAAGUCAACCAAAAACCAAACUUAUAAUCCAGCAAUUGUUGAUGUUUUUAAUGUUUGUCAACAGCUUAAGGUUCUUUUAACAUCAUUACGUAUUUCAACAUCAACUCUUCAAAUUUCUUCAUGCAAGCAAGCGGCGCUGAUGGAAUAUAAUAAUAAAUGUAGUGGAAUAAUUACCAAAGAUCCUGAAUUUCUUUAUUAUGGAGGAAGAAAGUUAUAUAUAAUGGAGUGGGGCAAUGAAAAAGAAGAUAUAACAAAUGUAAAAAUACUUAGUAUGGAUACAUUAGAAAGAGAAUAUUCACUAUAUAGAAAUAGAUUAAUUGCUAUUGGAAUGUUUCUUGGUUGUGAUGCAUUACCUGGUGGUUUUCCUAAUAUUGGUACUGUUAUUGCAUUAGAAAUAGUUAGUGAAUUUACAAUGAGUGAAGAUGAUGCUCCGUUAACAAUAUACGAACGAUAUAAAAGUUUUAUGAAAAAAGAAACAAUAACAAAAGGUCCAUUAACUGCAACUCUUAAUAAAUUAGCUCGUGUAAAUUUUUAUGUGCCAAAUGAAUUUACGGAUAAUGAUGACUUAACAAAACGAUUAACAUUAUACUUAAUGGGAAGUGAUGAUUCAUGUGAUGAAAAGUAUUUAAAACAGUUUCCAUUUUUUACUGAUUCUAUAACGAGUAUUAAUUUUCACUCAUUUGCUAACAUUUCUGCUUAUGGUAAUGAGUUUUUGAAAAAUGUAAUGAUUGCUGGUGAUAAAUUGUUAUUAGAAGGAAAAAAGUUAAUAUCUAUGUUAGAAGAUGCUGUUAAAGUUGUUGAAAAAAAGCGUAUUCAUAAUACUAUAAGAACAAAUAAUGUUUAUUCUCCAAAAAGAUUGGAAAAUAUUCGUUGUUCAAAAAGAGAAAUUGCAGCAUUAAAAUUAUUACGUGCUAAAGAUGAAUAUUAUAUUAUAAAGUCAGAAGAAUAUGUUGAAUCAUCUGAAUCUGUCGUUGCACAACCAUCAACUUCAGGAAGUAAUAAUUCAUCACCAACUAUGGAACCUAUAGUUGAUUCUCCAGGUGUACUUCACCAAGCCAACAAUCAUAUAUUAAUAAAGGGUACUGACAUCACUCUAUCAAAUUCUUUUCAAAAUUAUUUAGAUGUCAAAGUACAAAGAAAUAUUCAUGAAUAUGACCAAGAAACUAAUGAUGCAGAUGAUUUACCACAACCCAAAAAAGCUCGAUUUCUUGCCUCAUAA